UUCUGCUUUUGUUGUUAGGGGUCGCCAUAGCGAAUCAUCACACUGACCAUUCGCAUGUAUGAUAUACUGUACAGGUACACAAUAUGUAAUUUUUAACUGUCCAAAUAUUUGAAUACUUCUAAAUUAUAAAUUUGUAUAUUGAGGCUUUCGUAGCAUGAAAUCUCCAUGGCAACAAAGCUCCUCUGAAUUUGAACCAAAACAAUAGAAUGUUGCCUUUGAUGUAUGACGUCAUAGCUUACAAGGUCAUCCACACUUACAGUAAGCCUUGCACUGGUCAGUUCUAUAUGGGUUAACGCUCAGGUAAGGUAGAUUUAAAUCAAUUUGCUAUUAUAUCAGGAAGCAUUUAACUGCAAAAAUGUCAAAUUUACAAAAGGGUGACAAACUCUCCUGCGAGUCUGGACAAUAUCUUAUAGAGGAUUUCAUAGGAGAAGGAACUUUUGGCAAAGUGGCCAAGUGUUUGAACCUAAAAAAUCAAGAGAUUGUUGCCAUCAAAAUCUACAAAGGUGAGAUUAGCAAAGGUGCUAUUCAACAUGAAGUCGCCAUGCUAAAUGAACUUAGGGCUCUCGACCCAGACAAGAACAACUUGGUGAAAUUCAUAGACUCCUUUGAUUGCCAAAAUGAUUAUUGUGUGGUCUUUGAAAUGCUCAACAAGAGUCUUUGGGAUCUGAUGGUAGAAAGAGGUUGGUGGCCUCUGACUCUUAAUGAAAUCCGCCCGAUCGCACAGCAACUACUAGUAGCAUUAAAUGCUCUGAAAGGUCUUGGCAUUAUACAUGGAGAUGUGAAAGCAGACAAUGUCAUGUUUGUCAGUCACCAGGAUCAGCCCUCCAGGGUAAAAUUAAUAGAUUUUGGUCUGGCUUUCUCAGCCAGCAGAGCAGAGGUUGGAAUGCUCAUGCAAGCACGCACAUUCAGGGCACCAGAGGUGUUCUUGGGCCUUCCCAUAUCGGAAGCCAUCGAUAUGUGGGGGCUGGGAUGCAUCAUGGCAUUGCUGUACAUUGCCUGCAACCUUUUUCCUGGUCACACCGCACACCAGACAAUGAAUUCCAUUUGCCAGAUGCUAGGUCAACCAAUGGACCACCUGCUAAGUGCUGGAACAAAGACCUCACGUUAUUUUGUCCGAACAGGGUGUCUCGAAAACCCACAAUGGAGACUAAUGACUAAAAAUGAAUAUUUACAUGCUAAGAGCACCAGUGAGGAUUUUAACAGGGAGAAUGAUGAUGACAGCGAGGAUGAUGAUAACUUUGAUGAAUUAUACGCACAGUACUACAAACACCUAAAUUUGGAUGGUGUUGUAAAGGCCAACCCAAAAAUGGAUGAUCUUGAAUAUGCAGAUAGGAUGGACUUUAUAGAAUUCCUAAAAGGAGUUCUACAUCUUGAUAGCGAGCAGAGACUCACUCCCAGCCAAGGCCUACAACACAAUUUUAUUACAGUGGCUCACUUGAAAGAUCACAGCAACACAUCUUACGUAGAGGAAGCCCGUAACUUCAUGACUGUCUGCACCAACGUAAAUGAGCAUUCAUUCACUGAGAGUUCCAAUGAGCACAGGUUCAGUGAAAAUGUAAACACUGCCAAACUCUCCUGCAAGUCUGGACAAUAUGUUAUUGAAGGUUUCAUAGGAGAAGGGGGUUAUGGCAAAGUUGCCAAAUGUUUGAACCUAAAAAAUCAAGAGACUGUUGCCAUCAAAAUCUACAAAAGCGACAUCAGCAAAGAUGUUAUUCAACAUGAAGUCACCAUGCUAAAAGAACUUAAGGCUCUCGACCCAGACAAGAACAACCUGGUGAAAUUCAUAGACUCCUUUGAUUGCCAAAAUGAUUAUUGUGUGGUCUUUGAAAUGCUCGACAAGAGUCUUUGGAAUCUGAUUGUAGAAAGAGGCUGGAGGCCUCUGACUCUUAAUGAAAUCCGCCCGAUCGCACAGCAACUACUAGUAGCAUUAAAUGCUCUGAAAGGUCUUGGCAUUAUACAUGGAGAUGUGAAAGCAGACAAUGCCAUGUUUGUCAAUCACAAGGAUGAGCCCUUCAGGGUAAAAUUAAUAGAUUUUGGUCUGGCUCUCCCAGCCAGCAGAGCAGAGGUUGGAAUGCUCAUGCAAGCACGCGUGUUCAGGGCACCAGAGGUGUUCUUAGGCCUUCCCAUAUCGGAAGCCAUCGAUAUGUGGGGGCUGGGAUGUAUCAUGGCAUUGCUAUACUUCGCCAACUGCCCUUUUGAUGGUCACACCGCACACCAGACAAUGAAAGCCAUUUGCCAGUUGCUAGGUCAACCAAUGGACCACCUGCUAAAUGCUGGAACAAAGACUUCACAUUAUUUUGUCAAAACAGGGUGUCUCAAAAACCCACAAUGGAGACUAAUGACUAAAGAUGAAUAUUUACAUGCUAAGCGCACCAGUGAGGAUUUUAACAGGGAGAAAGAUGAUGACAGCGAGGAUGAUGAUGACAGUGAGGAAUUAUUCGCAGAGAAGUGUGGACCCCUAAAUUUGGAUGGGAUUGUAAAGGCCAACCCAAAAAUGGAUGCUCUUGAAUAUGCAGAUAGGAUGGAAUUUUUAGAUUUCCUGAAAGGAGUUCUACAUCUUGAUAGUGAGCAGAGACUCACUCCCAGCCAAGGCCUACAACACAAUUUUAUUACAAUGGCUCACUUGAAAGAUCACUGCAACACAUCUUAUGUAGAGCAAGCUCGUAACUUCAUGACUGUCUGCACCAACGUAAAUGAUUUACAUGAAACAGCUGAUUGUUUGAGCAACUCCAAAAAAGAUUCAUUCACUGAGAGUUCCAAUGAGCACAGGUUCAGUGAAAAUGUAAACACUGAGAGAUUCAGCCAUGAAACCAUACAUGCAGAAAAAUCUGGUGAGUCAGUUAGACAACUGAACUUAACUCGGAACUUGGAACCGGAUGCUGAGUGCCCUAGUUCAUGCUCAAAUUCUAUUUUCUCCAGAGGCCAAGAGUGGGAUGCUCAAGAAAUCUUGCAAGACUACAUGCAUUUAUUCACUUGUUAUAAGGAUAAUGUUUCAGCCUGGACUGAACUGGAGAGUGAUUCAAACUCUGUUAUGAUCACUGAGAGUGAGUGGGAUGCUCAAAAAAUCUUGCAAGACUACAUGGACUUACUCAGUGCUUAUAAGGAUGAGGUUUCAGCAUGGACUAAACUGGAAAGUGAUUCAAACCAUGUCAUGUUCAGUGGGGAAAACUGGGCUGCUCAAGAAAUCUCACAAGACCACAGCAUGCAUUUAUCCAGUCUUCAUCAUAAUGAAGUUUCAAUCCCUGGUAUGUUCACUGAGAGUGACAGGGAUGCUCAAGAAAUCCUGCAAGACUACAUGGAUUUGUUCACUUGUUGUAUGAGUGAGGUUUCAGCCUGGAAUGAACUGGAGAGUGAAUCAAACCGUGGCAUGCUCAGUGGGGAAAACUGAGCAUCUCAAGAAAUCUUACAAGUCUCCAUGUCCCCACCAUUUAUCCCCAAAUUCUUAAUUUGUCACAUACAGUUUUUCUGUUCAAACAACUGCUUCACUUUCAAACCUUUUGGCACCAACAUAACCUCAUACAAAGCCCAGCAGAGAAAUCUCAGAGCAGAGACUCAGAAAUGAGCUCACAUGUCAGGGCAGUGCUCUCACAUCUGAUAUUGUGCUUCUGCUUACGGAUCUGUGCCUGUAUGCUGUCAAAUGCUGAGUUGCUUAAAUCCUCCAUACUUUUUUCCUUUGUUGAAUCCAGUGCAUUUCCAAACUGUACUAUACUAGAUUAGAUUAGAUUAGAUUGGCAACAAUGAUAUUUAGUUUUUUCUGUUCUAUCAUAUUUACCAUUUAGAAAGAUUUAUAAAUAUAUUCAAUUCAUUUCAGUCUAUUUAUAUAGCACAUUUAAAAGCGGGCAGCAUGGUGACGUGGUGGUUAGCACUGUUACCGCAAGAAGGUUCUGGGUGUGAGCCCUGGUAGCCCUGGUGCCUCUCUGUGCGGAGAUUGUGUGUUCUCUCUGUGCCUGCGUGGGUUCUCUCCGGGUACUCCGGCUUCCUCCCACAGUCCAAAGAUCCCCAUCCUAACGUCUGAGGGAGCUUUAACCACAUUUUGAGCACUACUCAGUUUGCAGCUCAGCAUUUGAGAGCAAUAAUAACGCUAUAACGCAAAUUCCUUUUAACGCCACAAUGGUUUUUUGACACGAGAUUAAUUCAUGUACAUUCUGUAACUAUGACCCUCGGCCCACACAACAGUGUACAAAUGCUCUUUUACAAUUAAAAGUCCUGCAUGCAAAAUGUUACAAAAUAAAACAUCAAAUAAA